UGCCAACGACAAAUUGCGUUAAAAGAAAUACAAGCAGUUGGUUAGGCAGUGUAAAGCAAUAAGUUAUAGCAAUGGUUACCUCGUUCGUUCGUUGGUUAGUUGCUUGCUUUUCACUAUUCAUUUGGUUGCACUUAAUUGCCAACACUGUGUGUACUUUGCCGUACGGUCGUUAGUCAGUUCAGUGUGCAUCAGUUGAUUAUUUGGAUUUGGCGCCUCUUUCUUAUUUUUGGCCAGCAAAAAGCAAUUUUAUAUCGCCUGUGGGGAGUGGUAUGUUGAUAAAUUUUAGCCGCCAUGGAUCCCAGUGCUUUACAAAACAUGGAUCGGGACGCAUUAAAGAAACAAAUCGAAAAUAUGAAAUAUCAAGCAUCCAUGGAAAGGUGGCCCCUAUCUAAAAGCAUUGCAGAGAUGCGUUCAUUUGUUGAAGAGAAUGAAAAGAAUGAUCCAUUAAUUAAUGCUCCUGAUAAGAAGAAUAACCCGUGGGCUGAAAAGGGCAAAUGUGUUAUUAUGUAAUAUUAUCGCAAACCACAGAAAUAUCCAAACAUUAAAAUUCAAAAUAAAUCACAACAACAACAACAAGGAGAGCAACAACAACAUCAUGAACAAGAAGAAUAUGAAGCCGCUCGUAAAGUAAAUGAAAUAGCAGAAAAGAAUGUAGUGACAAACACGAUGUACAAUUCCCUAAAUCCCGUAUUAUCAUCACCAACAUCGCGACUUAAACGAUGUGAUUACUAUACCAAUAACAAUUAUCAUUAUUACAAUUACAAUUUAAAUUAUCAUGAUUUGCAAAAGGGUCCUUCACGCGCCAAUAAAUUAUUAGAAAA